AUGUUUAUCGUACCUGUAUGGAGUCGACUUGUCAGGUUCAUUUCGGAUGAUGGCCGAGAGCUGUGUGGCGAACCGGAAGAUGGAAAUGUUGAUGUUGGACUCGCGCUGGCCGCCGGCGAAACUGUCAAGGUGCGAGUACUUGAGCUGAAUUCUGCUCUGAAACCUGGUAAAUUCACUGGUGAAGUGACUUCGAUUCAAAAACUUCUCUCUCCCCUUGCGCCAGAUGAAGUAGGCACUAUCCGAUGCGUCGGCCUCAACUUCAAGGACCACGCGGCCGAGCUCAAUCUACCCCUUCCUAAAGUGCCAGAGGUCUUCAUGAAGCCCGCUGGAUGUGUGAAUGGUCCCUUGGGCGCUGUCGUCAUACCCAGAUCUGCAACGUCCGCAGACGCAGAAGUUGAGCUCGCCAUUGUUCUCGCUUGUGACUGCAAGAAUGUUGAUGUUACUUCCGCUGCCGACUACAUCCUCGGGUUUACCACAGCCAACGAUAUCACUUGUAGAGAUGUUCAAGGAAAGACGUCGCAAUGGGGGUAUUGCAAGGGCUAUGAUGGAUUUUGCCCGCUGGGCCCAACUUUGAUCUCGGCGAAGCAUCUCCCUGAGCCGCUCCAGCUGCGAAUGACAACGACGAUCGAUGGUAGCGUAAUCCAAGACGGAACGACAACUGACAUGAUAUUUUCUCCGGAAGAGAUUGUAUCAUAUCUAUCCCAAGAUACAACGCUGCCCCGAGGCACUGUAAUUCUGACCGGGACCCCUGCAGGCAUCGGCCACAGCCACCGACCGCCGCGCUACCUUACCCCAGGCUGCGACCUCAAAGUUGGCAUUGAACGCAUCGGAACUUUGGUCAAUCCUGUUGUCGCGGACAGCACUUCGCAUUCAAGGCUGUAA